AACUGGUGGAACACACAUGCACAAAUACGCACAAAACCGCACACUAUAAAGAGAGGCGGUCUGCUGCAACACAUUCAUCUCUUCAGGCAGGGAUUGGCUGCAGUGUCAUCAUGGCAGAGAAAAAGAUGACGCUAAGCCGGAGGAAUUACCUCAAGAGUUUGCUGCUGCAGAUUGGUCAGGCCAUGCUGGAUGAGGAGGCUGAGAAGGCGGAGGAAGAGAAGAGGAUAUACUUGGAGGAAAACUGCCCUACCCUCUCUGUCCCGGGAUGCAUGCAGGAGCUGCAGGAGCUCUGUCGGAAACUUCACAAGCAGAUUGAGCUGGUGGAUGAAGAAAGGUACGACAUGAAUAUGAAAGUGAAGAAAUCUGAGAAGGAGGUCAACGACCUGAAGCUGAUGGUUCAGGAUCUCAAUGGAAAGUUUAAGAAGCCGGCCCUCAAGAGGGUGAGAAUGUCAGCUGAUGCGAUGCUCGCUGCUCUUCUGGGCUCCAAACAUAAAGUGUCCAUGGACCUGAGGGCCAACCUGAAGCAGGUCAAGAAGGAGGUUAAGGAAGAGAAGAAGCAGACUGGGGACUGGAGAAAGAACGUUGAAGGCAAAGCUGGGAUGGAUGGCAGGAAGAAGAUGUUUGAGACCGAAGCCUGAGCUGCUAUGUAGUUUUUCUGCUGUUGGCCAACAUGCUUUGUUUGUGACAACAUUGCUGGAAUUGUGUCGAUUACAGAAGUUGGAAAAAACAAUAAGAAAGGGCACUAUUCAAUCAUGAUAUACUGCAACAUAAAAUACUAUACUAUACCAUACUAUAAUAUAAUAUAAUAUAAAAUAAUAUAAUAUAAUAUGUGUGAAUGUGACUGUGAAUGUUGUCUGUCUAUCUGUGUUGGCCCUGCGAUGAGGUGGCAACUUGUCCAAGGUGUACGAUGCCUUCCGCCUGAUUGUAGCUGAGAUAGGCACCAGCGCGGCCCACGACCCCAAAAGGGAAUAAGCGGUAGAAAAUGGAUAAUAUAAUAUAAUAUAAUAUAAUAUAAUAUAAUAUAAUAUUGCAGCUGAGAUAGACUCCAGCAUCCCCGUAACCCCAAAAGGGACAAACGGUAGAAAAUGGAUGGAUGGAUAAUGUAAUAUAAUAUAAUACAAUAUAAUAUUAUAUAAUAUAAUAUAAUAUAUCCAUCCAUCCAUCCAUUUUCUACCACUUAUUCCCUUUUGGGGUCGCGGGGGGCGCUGGCGCCUAUCUCAGCUACAAUCGGGCGGAAGGCGGGGUACACCCUGGACAAGUCGCCACCUCAUUGCAGGGCCAACACAGAUAGACAGACAACAUUCACACUCACAUUCACACACUAGGGCUAAUUUAGUGUUGCCAAUCAACCUAUCCCCAGGUGCAUGUCUUUGGAAGUGGGAGGAAGCCGGAGUACCCGGAGGGAACCCACGCAUUCACGGGGAGAACAUGCAAACUCCACACAGAAAGAUCCCGAGCCUGGAUUUGAACCCAAGACUGCAGGACCUUCGUAUUGUGAGGCAGACGCACUAACCCCUCUGCAACCGUGAAGCCCUAAUAUAAUAUAAUAUAAUAUAAUAUAAUAUAAUAUAAUAUAAUAUAAUAUAAUAUAAUAUAAUAUAAUAUAAUAUAAUAUAAUAUAAUAUAAUAUAAUAUAAUAUAAUAUAAUAUAAUAUAAUAUAGUGAGGGAACUGUUAUGUUCUUUGUGACAUUUGGAGUUUUUGCUUUUCCUUUGUUCCGGCUUCCUUUCCUGUUUUGUGGUUUUAUUUUGUAUUUCCCUUUUUAUUUUUUUUUGCGCCGUUUGCGUCAGCUUUGCUUUCUGUUUGGGCGGUUUUGGCGGAUUUACAGUGUGUUAUUUAAGUUCAGCCUUUGUGUUUGCUUGAUGGCGGACCAUUGUAAGUAACUAAGUCAGUAUGUUUCCUGAUUUCGCUAAUUAAAGACCAUUUGACUGAA